AUGGCCGGCCGGGCCGGGAGGGGGCCGGGGCGGGGAAAGGGGGCUGUCCCGGGCUGCCGGGCGGCGGGGCCCCCGGUCGGCGGCCCGCCCCCCCCCCCCCAGGAAGGUGGGGGGGUGUGGGGCUGGGGGCGCCUGCAGGGGAGGGGCCCGGGCGGGCGGGCGGCUGGCGCGGCGGCGCUCGGGGCUCCCGCGGGGCUCCGGCGUCCUCCUAGCUCGUCGGGUGCAUGCUCGCGGCGCCGGGCGGCUCGGCGGGCGGGACGCGGGAGCGGCGGGGACGGGGCCGGGGCGAGCGGGGCCGCGCGGGCGGGCGUGUCUCGGCCCCGCCGCCCGCUCGUGUGUACAGUACGUGUGUCUGGGCGGCCGUCCGCGGGCGAGUGUGCGGCGGGGGCCGCGGGGGCCGGCUCAGUUGAGAGAUUGCAGAAGCCGCUCGGCGCCCGCGCGAUUGGUCCCCGCGGGGUCAUGUGCCCGCCCUCUGACGUCAAUGGCGGCAACGGCGGCGGCCGCCGCGGCUUCAGCCUCUCGCAGGCGGAGUCGGCCGCCGGGCGGGGACGCUGGGGGCCGAGGCGCGGCCCGACGGGAGGGGGCGGCCCUUCGGGGGAGCGUGCUGCGGCGGGCGCGCCCCUCCAGGCCUCGGCCCGCGCCCCUCAGGGAUGUGAGGAGUGGGCGGGGGACUCGGGGGCUGGGCGCGUGACGUCACGCCAGCCGCGCCCCCCGGGUGGCCAGGCCUGCGCGGAGCCGCGGGACCUGACGUCUGGGGGGCCCGUCGCGGGUCCCGCACCCCACCCUCCCCACCCCGGCACCCAGAUCAGAAACGUCAUCGCCCGAGACGUCAUCGCCGACGGCCAGGCCCAGCACAAGGCUGAGAGAGAACUACACUGGAAGCCCCUUUCCGGAAUGAACUACAGUAUCACUCCAGAACGCCAGCUUUGAAACAAACAUGUUCCCUUUCUGCCAUCACGAAUGGCACCUGAAGCCACCGGGAAACGCUCAGCUCCUCAGCCAGGCAUCCUCACAUCCAUGCACUUCUGCAAGUAAUUCUAUUAAAAACCCCAGAGUGUUGCCUUUUUGUCAAGUGAAGGUGCCUCUGUGGUGGACACAUGAGUGUGUGCAUGAGUGUUGAACUGCACUGUAAAUGGGGCACUUUGUCCCCCUCAUCCCUGCAGGGGGAUUAUCCCCUCCCCACUGCCUCUCAUGAACAGACAGGUUGGAGGGUCUCCGGAAAAAUCUCUCACCUGAGCUGGGGCAGGGGGUGGAAGGCAGGGCCCAGCGUGUGUCCAUCACCAAACAAGACUCACAUCCAACCUGCCGAGGAAAUGGGCAGAGCUGUUCUCGCCUCCUGGUCCCUGGAGGAGGCACAGUCAGGUCGGAAAAUGGGGAAUUCAGUCAGCUCCCCACAGUUUGCUGGCAAAUCCUGUUCUUCAAGUUCUGAACUUCAACAGCCUUAAGAAAACCAUCAAGCAAGAAAGGGUCAAGCCUGAGCCCCCAUGUGGUGAUAUAGAUGUGGAUGUGGGGAGGGUUGUGGCCAAGACCCCCAGGCGUUAAGGGGUGGGGUUAGGCCAGUUGUUCAAACCUUUAUUGAGCAGUUGCAAGAGGAAUUUCAGUGUCGGGCACCAGGCAGCUCUUCCUUCUCAUAGCAACCCUAUGACAGAGAUGCCUUCACCAUACCCCCUUGCAGAUGAGGGUUCAGGGGAAGCUGCCAGGUCCUUUAGCUAGUCAGGACUGGGCCUGGUAUGGAGCAUUAGUGUCUAGGACAACGUAAAUAUAAUGACUACGCUGUACUUGGGGCUACAGAACCAGAGAGGGGAUGCUUAGCCCAGUGGGGCCAUGGCGCUGGGGGGACAUGUCCUGACUCUAAAGAGAUCUUUAGGAACCAGGUAAAGAAGGGGAAAGGUACUCCUGGAAGAGGGAAUAGCACAUACUAACACAGAGGUGAGAAGCCCCUCAGCCUGUCGGGGAAACUGCACACAAUUGCCAAGGCAUGCACGUUGCCCCAGGCAUGCAGGGCAGAGGCCAAAGAGCUGAGCAGGCACUGCCCUAAAGUGCAGGCCCAGGGACCAGACCUUCUACUGUGAACAGUGGGAAGCCAACACAUGGGCCAUGCCACGGAGUGGCUUGUAGACGUCACCUUUAUAAGGUCAUUGGCCACAGCAUGACACAGAGGAGGUUUGUAGAGAAGCAGCCUUCAGGCCGCCUGACAAGGCUGUUGAGGGUACCUAGCAGGGACGAGACCGAGUUCAGCAUGAAGUCAUGAUGCGGGGCAGCUCAGUGGCAGGCAGAGCAGCCUUCAGGGACAUCCCUGGACCCUGAGGGGCCAAAAUUCCAGCAGAACAAGAUUGACCAGGAGGCAAAGGAUCUCUGAGUUCUUGGGACCACCUAGACUUUCCGAUUGUUGCUUGAUAAGGCCAUUGAUUUGUAAAUAAUAAACAGGAUUAUCAUGAUCAAAAUGACCAGCACCCAAGCCUCAGGUACUAUGCUAGGGAUUUUAUAUAUAUUUUUUCCCCUUUCUUCCUCCCAACCAGACCAGAAAUCUAUCAUUAUUAUCAUUCCCAUCUUAAAAGUGAGGAAGUUGAGGCUCAGAGAGGCAGACAGCUGUGAGAAUGCAGCCAAGAUUUGAACCCGAAAUUCUGUUUGACGUGAAAUUGUAAUAUUCUCCUGAGCCAGCACUCAGGAAGAAACUGUUGAAUUCAAUCGGUGUCAUCUUUAAAUAAUGGUAUUUCUUGAUUUUAGUUUGAAAUCAAUGGUAUGGAGUCCCCAGGACGCUGCAAGAAGAAAAGUUCCUUGAGGGCAGAACCCAGAAUUCCUGGCUGACUGCAGAGCUGGCUCAGUGCCUGCAUGGGGCUCAAAAAAUGCAAUGAUCAAUGGUCAGACUCACUUACUCCCUGGUGCUUAGGAACAUGCAAGCAGUAGGACUGGGCCAGUAGGUGAGCCGUGAGAUGGACGGCAUUGGUACUCAGUCCUCAGCAUGCAGAGCCCCUUGCCUCCCACUCUCCUGGGUUCCUGACCUAAAAGCGAAUGAAUGCAGCGGCCAGAUUCCAUCAGCCCCUAACCUCUGCAGGAGACAGCAGUCCAUGGAGUUUCGGUGGCUGGAUCAUGCACCCCAGUCAUCCUUGAUGCACAGGAAUCCAGACUCCCCAGAGAACAGUCUAAUGGCCCCUUAGAGCUCGCUCUUCUGGCCCUAAACUUGAGAGUUUAUGGAGCAGCAGGAAAGGCAUGGAAGUUCACAAACCCUUCACUUACCUUGGGCUCCCAGAGGCCAGUUCACUCACCAAAAGUCACCAGACAAACCUAUCAUUUUCUUCAUUCUUUGCUGGCAGCCCCUCCUUGUUCGAGCCAGAGCCAAAGGACAACGUUUCCCUCUCACCUGCUCACUGGAUGUACCUCUUCCACUUCAGUUUGCGACCCACUAGGGGCUCACCCCUGCGCCACAUCGGUGGAGAAACUGCUGCGCAUGAAGCACAGCCCUAGGAGCUAGGCUUGUGAAGACCAGGCAGCAAACCGCCCCCAUGAGGUCACAUCUCAACUCCCAGGUCCCUGAAGUCUCCCUUUGAGCUGAAAUGGGAAAGACCUGUUGCCCUGGCUGCCCACAAAGGAAUUUGAUGAAGUGGUAAAUUCCCCAGGGGGAGGAGAGCGACAGAGCUGAUGGCCAGCCCAAGACAGCUCUUCUCCACACCCCUGCCCAGCAGCCCUGCCCCUUCCAGCGGACGCACCCUAGGAGGGCAUCCUCCUCCUCCAAGCAGUCUCCCGUGGAAAGCCUCACCAGCCUUGGCACAGCUCCUCCGUGCCCCACCCCACCACACUGUGCCCUGCAGAGGCCAGGGUUCAUUCCAGUUUUGCCCACCAUCGUGUCGGGUGGUAUGCUGGUAAAUGUUUAGCAAUCCAGCUUGCUGAGAAAAGAAAAGCCCUGAUUUAUAGGGUUUGACAAUUGCCCUGGUGUAAAUAUCCCCACCACAGCCCUUUGCUACCAACACCCAUCACCGAACAUGGAGCUGGGAAGAGAUGUGCCCCUUUAUAGA